AUGGGCGCGAGCAGCGACCCGACUCAAGACGGGUCGGACGAGCAGCAGAAGCGGUCGGAGAUCUACACCUACGAGGCGCCUUGGCACAUCUACGCCAUGAACUGGAGCGUCCGCCGCGAUAAGAAGUACCGCCUCGCCAUCGCCUCCCUCCUCGAGCAGUACCCUAACCGUGUCGAGAUCGUCCAGCUCGACGACUCCAACGGCGAGAUCCGCUCCGACCCCAAUCUCUCCUUCGAGCACCCUUACCCUCCUACCAAGGCCAUCUUCAUCCCCGACAAGGACUGCCACCGCCCCGACCUCCUCGCCACCUCCUCUGACUUCCUCCGCGUCUGGCGCAUCGCCGACACCGACGCCGAAUCUUCCCCCCGCGCCGUCGAACUAAAGUCCCUCCUCAACGGAAACAAAAACAGCGAGUACUGUGGGCCCCUCACCUCUUUCGACUGGAACGAGGCCGAGCCCCGCCGCAUAGGCACCUCCAGCAUCGACACCACCUGCACCAUCUGGGACAUCGAGAAGGAAACCGUCGACACGCAGUUAAUCGCGCACGAUAAGGAGGUUUACGAUAUCGCGUGGGGCGGUGUCGGCGUCUUCGCCUCCGUCUCCGCUGAUGGCUCCGUUAGGGUUUUCGAUCUCCGUGACAAGGAGCACUCCACGAUAAUCUACGAGAGCUCUGAACCGGAUACUCCUCUGGUUCGGCUCGGUUGGAACAAGCAGGACCCGAGGUACAUGGCCACGAUUAUCAUGGACAGCGCCAAGGUGGUGGUGCUGGAUAUUCGCUUCCCCACGCUCCCUGUGGUGGAGCUGCAGCGGCACCAGGCCAGCGUCAACGCCAUUGCGUGGGCCCCCCAUAGCUCCUGCCAUAUAUGCACCGCCGGGGAUGAUUCUCAGGCGCUGAUUUGGGAUUUGUCGUCCAUGGGUCAACCCGUGGAGGGCGGGCUUGACCCGAUUCUUGCGUACACUGCUGGCGCGGAGAUUGAGCAGCUGCAGUGGUCGUCUUCGCAGCCUGAUUGGGUCGCCAUUGCGUUCUCCACUAAGCUUCAGAUUCUUAGGGUUUGA